AUGAAUUCAUUGAAAGCUUUGCUGAAUGCUAAAUCAUUUGAAUCUUUGCCAACUUCAAAUCCCGAAGUAACAAACAAUAGUUGUCGAAAACGAGGAGCGCUUUUAGAAGAAUGGUUACUCCGCAAAUUUCCUGAACUAUACAAAAAAUCACACGAUAUUGAAUGUGCAACUAUUACAGGAAAUGAUGUCGAGAAUCAACCUCUAAAGAAAAACUCUCUUUUUGUUUCUGAUUUGGUGAAACGAAGCAGAAUAGAUCUGGAAUUGAAAACUGACGCGUGUGGAACGCAUACAAGUUGUACAGGUCAUCUGUCACCAAAGACAUUACGAAUCAAUAGUAACAACCUUGUAAAUGUCGAACGCACAGAUUCCAGACAGCAAGUAGCAUCAAAUGAUUAUUGGGUAUUACCAAAAGGAGAUUUGAUUAGUUUGAAAGAUGAACAAUUGUUAAAACAAGUUGACAGCGAUAGGUUAUGGAGAGAAAAUAUUGACGGAAAGGAAUACUUUACAAUUAAUGGGGGAAAAGAUAUUGAGAAGGUAGGCAUCAAAAAUCAAAAUUCUUUGACUGCAAGUGAAGAUGUUCAAGGCACGAGCAGCAUGCGGAGUGAUGAUAAAUAUAUCACAAAUAGCAGCAUCAAUUUAUUUGCUUCAAAUAAGCAAAUAGUGAAGCCUUUGAAUGCACCUAAGUUAACGAGGCAUAACGAUGCAGCUUACUAUCCAAAUAUUCAGUGCUUACUCUGUCGUGAAUGGGUGUGUUCCAGGAACAGAUAUAUGCACGUGGAAUCCCAUUUGCAGUAUCGCCCAUAUAAAUGUAGUUUUUGCGGAUAUGAUAAUCGAAAAGAAAUAUUCAUUAUAUUGCAUAUUAAAAAAAUGCAUGGCGGUCGCGCUGAAAUAAUUCGUGAUAUUAAUACCGAAUUGGAACACGAAGCAUGGAAUAUUGCUGAAAGAUGUGUCGAACACACUCGAGAUGUGCUGUUAAGAGCACGUCAGGAAGCUAUACAAGCUGCUAGAGCUUCAACUUCUACAGAAUGCGCUGAUUCGACUGAAAUAAACGAGGCGUUAGUUACUAAGCAUCCAGCACAGUACCGCCCCAAAUUUGAAGAUGCUCAACGCACUGAAAAAAGCCUGCUAAUCGAAGACGUACCAAAAAUGGACGUUCCUGAUUUCAGUGAAAUUUCAAAUCGUGAAGUACAAUGUCAGAUUUGUAAUUCCUUCGUAAUUUCACACAUACCCGUUAUGGAGGAGCAUACUCGAUUACACCUAGCGCAACCAUCUUACCGAUGUUCCAUUGGAGAUUGUGCACUAAAGCAUCAUUCUAAAAACUUUCUUACUCGACAUAUGAAGGAAGUUCAUAAAUUCAAACAAAAUCCAACCGAUAUCUUAAAAUUGGAUCUAAUUCUGAAAAAAGAAUUUCGUAAAACUGCAUCCCGAUGCUUUCCGAAUCACUUUCUGAAGCAGCAUUCAUCAUUUAAUUUAUGUCGUCAAUCACCAACAACACAAACUUCAGCAGUGAAAUCAUUAAUAGAAAGCAACUGCAGCCUUCAAGGUAACAGUUCGUCUUCGGUCCCUGUUUAUGGCACAGUUUCAUCUACGUCAACACUGAAAUCAACUUUGAAUUUUUCCUCUUCUCCAAGUCCCCAGCCAACGUUAGCAUCAGUGCCAGCGACUACCACUUUUCCCGAAAAUGCCUUAAUACAAGCUACAAAGAUAGUGAAUGAUACUGUCGCAUCACUGCUUCCAUUAAUUCCAUUCCCAUCUACCAACGAAAAGACCAUUUCAUACCGACAACAUCUGAGUCUACCCAGUUCUCAGACAUCUAAUUCACAAUGUAAAUCCGUCUUUCGUAAUGAAGAACAAGACCGGUCUCAAUGUGUUACGUUGACUAGUCUUCUGACAGCAGGACCCAAAAAUAAUCCUGCACAGACAAGUGUGCAACAGAUGCAAUCACAAACAUCACCGAAAUUAUGUAGCUUUUGCGAAGAAGUAUUUGAAGGCGAUUACUUAGUCUUGUAUAGACAUGUAAAGCAACAUUUAAGCAUAUUACCAUAUGAAUGUUCAUCUUGCAAAUUCAGUGAUGUGGACAAGAAAGCAGUUCAAGAGCAUAUUGUUCAAAACCACAAUAUGAAUGCCACUCUAAUUGAUAGGAUGACCGACUCAGUAUCCCGUCAGUGUUCUGCACUGUUUACAGCUUGUUUCCCGAACGUACCUCUUCAACCAUUACUGCAUGAUGGUGUACGAAAGUUAAUAAAUUCGUAAAA